UAAGAGUAAGAACCUUCCUUUAGUAUGAGUACAAGUCAAAGUUGACUUUAUUGGAAUUUAAAAGUCAGUUCCUGCUGCCUUUGUUUGAAUCAGCCUGGUGGAAUUAUGAGAAGGACAGUGGUGCCACUCCCCCUCUUUGGGCUUCUGCUGGCUGUGGCUGCUGCUCAACCAAACAAGGAUGACUGGGAUAUUUACAGCUUUCACAUCAACUCUACUGUGACCAGUCGAUAUGCCACCACCGUCAUCACGAGCCGUGUGGCCAAUCGUAUGGAUGAAUCAAAAGAAAUUGAAUUUCAUGUCCAGAUUCCCAAGAAUGCCUUCAUCAGUAAAUUCAGAAUGUUUAUCGAUGGUCAAGUGUAUGAUGGAGUUGUAAAAACUAAGGAGCAGGCUCAGCAGCAGUACACUGAUGCUGUAUCCCGUGGCCAAAGUGCUGGGAUUGUCAGCUCUGUAGGGAGGACUAUGGAAGAAUUUAAAACUUCAGUAAAUGUGGCAGCCCACAAAAAGGUGACCUUUGAACUCACUUAUGAGGAACUGCUGAAACGAACACAUGGCAAAUAUGAGAUGCAGAUCCAUGCUCGUCCUAUGAAACUUGUCAAAGACUUCAAGGUUGAUGUGCACAUUUAUGAGAAAGCCGGGAUAAGUUUCAUUGAUGUGAAAGGAGGACUGAGCACCAAAGCCCUGGCUAAUGCAAUCACCAAAACACAUCAAGACAAACAGGCUUGGGUGAAUUUCAGUCCCACAGAAGACCAGCAGAAAUCAUGCGACAGCUGUGGAGAGGAAGGUAUGAAUGGAGAUCUCGUUAUUGUUUAUGACGUUAACCGAGACAAUGGACUGGGAGACAUCAAGACUUCAGCUGGGUACUUUGUGCAUCACUUUGCUCCAUCUGAUCUUCCCCGAAUAUCAAAGAACGUUGUCUUUGUUAUCGAUCAAAGUGGCUCAAUGCAUGGCAAAAAAAUGGAACAGACCAGAACCGCUUUACUCCAUAUUUUGAAUGACCUGGCGGAAGAUGACUUCUUUGGUCUUAUCAGUUUUGAUGCCGAAAUAAUUCAUUGGAAACGAGAACUUGUUCAGGCCACAAGUGCAAAUCUGGAAAUUGCCAAAGUAUUUGCACGUAAUAUCAGAGACAGAGGAUCUACGGACAUCAAUGCAGCAGUUUUGGAAGGAGCCCGUAUGCUGAAUGCACAUCCUAGAGAAGGUUCAGCUUCUAUCCUCAUACUUCUGACAGAUGGAGACCCAACAUCAGGUGUGACAAACCUUGAAACAAUACAGUCAAAUGUAAAACAAGCCAUUGCAGACAAGUUCCCACUCUACUGUCUUGGUUUUGGGUUUGAUGUCAAUUUCGAAUUCUUGGAGAAAAUGUCGCUUCAGAACAAUGGUGUGGCAAGAAGGAUUUACCAAGACUCUGAUGCUGAUUUACAGCUGAAGGGUUUCUAUGAAGAGGUAGCCACUCCUCUUUUAACAGAUGUUACAAUGAUCUAUGUUGGUGGAGCCAAUCUAACCCAGACUAAUUUCAGUCAGUAUUACAAUGGCUCCGAGAUUGUGGUGGCCGGUGAGAUCAUUGAUAACAACAUCGAAACCUUCAUCCCGCAAGUUGUGGCCAUUUCAACUGAAAGAAGAGUGAAAACUUUUAACACAAACACCUCUGUGGAUUCUUCAACUGGAACUGUCGCUGAUGGAUUUCUUCAAAGGGUUUGGGCCUACCUCACAGUUAAACAACUUCUGGAGAAACAGCUGCUUCUUUCUGGAUCUGAUAAAGAAAAAGUGAAGCAAGAGGCUUUGGAGCUGUCCCUGAAGUACAGCUUUGUGACGCCACUCACAUCCAUGGUGGUCACCAAGCCUGAGGGGGAGAAUACAGAAGUCCUUCACAAACCUAAGGAGGGGGAAGCACCACAACUUCAACUUCACAGACAUGUUGGGGGUGUUGGGGGUGUUGGGAGUGUUGCGGGUCUCAGACCUCUUCCUCCUAUUAUGCACUCAGAUCCAUCUCUUACUGAUACAGGACGUGUUGGGGGUGUUGGGAGUGUUGCGGGUCUCAGACCUCUUCCUCCUAUUAUGCACUCAGGUUCUAGUAGGUCUUUCUUUCAUCCUCCUGAUUUUACUGGUGUUUCUGCUCGUAUUGGUCUUGGUGGUCAUCCUGGCCGUGGUGGUCAUCCUGGCCUGCAUCGUAUGCAUGGAAGUGUUAAGUAUCACAGUCCUCCUCCUCCUCCUCCUCCUCCUAAUAUGCCCUCAGGUAAAUGGCAUCCAUUGCAGGGUCCAUCUUUUACUGGUUCUACCUAUGUACUUGAUUAUGAUGAAUCGGAUGACAUUGGUGUACAUUCGGCACCAAUAGUUGAUCAUGCAUAUGACUUACCUGUCGACGAUGUUGAAUUGGAAGCUGUGAUGCCAACCUCUGUUUCUGUUACUCACAGAUUUCUGCUGAAAACAAAAAAUCUCUCUCUACCACUUUGCUUUGAAAUCAGUGGAGCUAUGAUCCUUAAACUACUUCACCACCCCAGCAAGGAGUUGUAUGUGAAUGGUGAGCUGGAUUCAGAGACGAAUGGCGGGUUUAGCAAGAUUUUCAUUCAUGCCGGCUCUGACCAACAUAUCGAGGUUGACCCGAAUGGAUGUAACGUUCGACGAGGACAGACAGCAACACAGCUAACGACAAAUGACCCUGUUACAACUGGAAGCAUUACAGUGACCAGGCAUGGAAACAACAAAUUCAGUAUUGCAGUGGAGGACAUGCGUUUGGUCAUCCUAGUUCAUGAGAAAGACGGCAACAAAUUCCUUUGGCCUGUUUUACUACAGAAGCCGUCUGCCAACAACACCGAUGGAGUUUUAGCUUUGGAGCCAGCUGACUAUGAAGAGGUAGAAUCAUCUCCCUCCACAAAACUGAGGAUCAAAGGCAGAGUGACUGACGUUACUAGGUCCACUGCUGCUGACUACAGCAUUGUCAAGCCUGUGUUGUUGGACUGUUGGCUUACAUCAUCUGUUGAUGUUUUGGACAAACCGUUGAAUGAUUACAUUGCUCCACAACUGUAAUGGAAUCUCAAACUGAAGAAUUUGGGGGAAAAAAGAAACUGAACAAAAGACAGAAGAGAAGUUUAAAUUAGUUUAAAUUGUCAGCUUUGACUGAAAAGUGUUUUUAUUUACCACCAAGGUCUUAUAAAAACACAUAAAUUGAAGACAUGAUUAAUACAUGGAUCCUUAAAAGAUCCUUAAUAAACAGAAUAAUUUGGAGGUCCCAAUUCCUCAUAUAUUUUUUUAAGUAUUCUAGCAUCCUUCAACAUUUUAAGCUCAGGAAGUAUCUUAAUUACAAAUUUCUUCUUUGAAAAAUAGAAAUGUGAUAUAACUUUGUCAGAUCAAGGAAAAUACAUCUGAAAAAGUCAUGAAAAGAUCCCCAUGGAAGCAAAAAUAAUGCAGCAUAUACUGGUAAUGCAAAUAAAACCAUGUAUAACUCA